AUGUUAGAGCCAAUUUCUGAUGAGUCGUCUGUAUUGGAAAUAUUAGAAGGUAAUACCGCGUUUUACAUAAUUAAUAAUACAAACUCGUUAAUUAUGCUCAAUUUUUAUUCGUCAAAAUUUGAAAUAUUAGAUGAGCUCGUUUCAGAUGUUUCUGAUGCGCCUACGUUAGAUGAAUUAAAUGGUAAUAAAAAUUUAAAAAUUUAUUAA